AUGGUUGUUUCUUCUUCUUUUUGGGGCUUGGUAGCCUGUGCUUCGCUUGCGGUUGCUGGUUUGUGCAAACCGUCGGGUGAUGUUUGCGCUGAGAUUAAAAAGCUUCUCGGUGAUGAAGCAGUGCCUCUCUGCUCAUCUUAUCUUCAGGCAACUCCCUCAACUCUUACGGUGACAAGCACCACCACUCGAACAAGCUUCCAAACCAUUGUCUCUCCACCCGAGACUAUCUCAACUUCGGUUGAAGAGACCACGACUGUCUCCAUUACCAAUACCAGGACUGUGUAUCCUCCGAUCCCCACCGUGACCGAAACCAAAACUAUCAGCGUCUCAACUGUGUACAUCGUCAGACCCAAGCGGAAGCGUGAUGUUGCCCUCGAAACGGUGCUUGCUAGUCUUGAGAACAAAUACUCCAAAGCUGCAGUAACUGCUGGUUGCAACUGUGUAUACGAUCCAACGACAGAGACAGUCACCGAGACAACUGAUGUUACUGCUGAGGCGACUUCCCAAGCUACCAUUGGCCCUCUUACCACGGUGGUAGUAACAGAGAUCAAAUACAUCCCUGUCACCAAGGCUACCGAAGUAGUGGUCACCGCGGCACCAGUAAGGACGGAUACGGAAACCGUUACCACUGUAACAACAAUGAACCCAACAGAAUUCAGGGAUGCAACAUGCAACGCUAAGGGUUUUACCAUCGGUCAAUACAAUUACUGGUAUCACCUUGACAUUGACCUGAAGACUUGUAUCGAAAGAUCUUUUGCAGUAGCUGGUCGGAGGAACUCAGGUGGAUAUUUUACCAUGAACGACAAGGAUUGUCCGUCGUGA